CCAAAAUCAAAUUUCGCUAAAAACUCCCCUUUACGGAUUUCAUUUCAUUUCAUAGCGCUCGAUCGAUCGAUAACACCGAUUAUUCGGUAUCAGAAUUCAUCAAAAUGUCAGGCGUUUGGGUUUUCCGAUCGAACGGAGUGAUGUGCCUCGUCGACAACGCCGCCGAGUUCUCCUCCGAAGCCAACCACGGCGGCGGCGGCGGCGGCCGGAAUAAGAAGGUCCUCGUUCACCUUCCCUCCGGCCAGCCGGUUUCCUCCUAUGGCUUCCUCCAGAAGAUUCUCGAAGGCUUGGGCUGGGAGCGAUACUACGAAGGCGAUCCCGAUUUCUUCCAAUUCCACAAGCGAUCCUCCAUUGAUCUCAUUUCUCUUCCUAUGGACUUCUCCAAAUUCAACUCCAUUUACAUGUACGAUCUCGUCAUCAAAAACCCUAACGUCUUCCACGUUCGAGAAUCCUAAUUUUCUUCUUCUCCUCCUCUUUUCUUCGUAUAUUUAAUUCGAUUUUCUCUGUGUGUGUGUAGUCCAAUCAGUCGUAAUGUAAUCAAUCUGUACGUACGUAGUAGAAUAAGCGGAGUCAGUCGGGAAUUUCUGUUCAUAGGAAUUAUUGUUAUUAUAUUAAAUUUUAUGUGAUUUUUUGUGCAUUAUGAUUUGGAAAAUUUUAUCUGACUUUGAGUUCUUUGUUUGGAUGUGAUUUAUUGGUUUGACAAAUGGAGU